CCCAGAGUAAUCUGUCAUGAUUUAUGCCUUCUAGAAGAGAUACUGUCUUAUCAUCAAAGAUACAGUUGGCUGUGCUUUGCCACCCCGGAUUGGCUGUUUGUAUGCUUAAUAUCUAAUCCUUUUCCUUUAUCUCCCUGCAUUUUAGUCGCUGCUGCUAACGCAAUUGCUGAAGAAAGACGAAACCAGAGUGGCUUUAGCACUCUUGCACCUCAGUCUUCAAAGGCAAAGUCAGCAUUUAAACCAGUAAUAGAUGGAUCUGUGCUUAAAAAUGAUAUAAAACAAAGAUUAGCGAAGGAGCGAAGAGAGGAGAAAAAGAGACAGGAAGAUGCUAAUAAAGAAAUACAACUGCUUGAGAAAGAAAGAAAGUCUAAGAUCCUAUAUGAAAAACAGAUGGAGGAAAAGCAACGAAGACUGAGAGAGCAGAAGGAAAAGGAUGAGCAGCGGAGAAUAUCUGCAGAAAGAAAAAGAAAAGAAAAAUUUCAGGAGGAAAGGGAGAGACUCAAGGCCAUCCUUUAUCGUACAUUGGAACGGAGCAGCCACGUUGAUCGUCAAAAAAGAUGGUCGUGGGAGGGCUGUACGGGAAUAAACUCUGAGAAUAAAACUGCCAAUAAACAUUCUAUAUCUACUGAGAAACUUGAGCAGGGGACUUCUGGUUUACACAAACAAGUGUCUGUGUCAUCUACAGGUGUCCAGAAUUCAGUUGACAAGAAAACAACAGAAAAGAAGAGAAGCUCAUCUCUGAAUAGAAGAUGCAGCAAACUGCAUUCAUCUGCGGAACCUGAAGAAGUAGAAUCAAAAACAAGUGGCAUCCACAGUAUAAUCCAGCUUGUAAACAUGCCCUUGCGUAGCCAGAGCAGUGUGGAAUUGAAGAGUACCAUAGUGCCUUGCAAGUCAACAGUGGCAGUCCCUUCCCAGGAGAAAGCAGAAAUAUCUUCAAAGAUAUUUGAAGCAGUCCCCAAGGCGAGUGUGGAAGCACCCGCCGAAGCGAGCAUAGAAGCAUCCCCGGAGGCAAGUGUGGAAGCACCCCCGGAGGCAAGUGUGGAAGCACCCCCGGAGGCAAGUGUGGAAGCACCCCUGGAGGCAAGUGUGGAAGCACCCCUGGAGGCGAGCGUAGAAACACCCCUGGAGGCGAGUGUGGAAGCAUCCCUAGAGGCGAGUCUGGAAGGGUCCUCCAAGACCAGCAUGGAAGCACCCGUGGAGGCGAGCAUGAAAGUGCACCCCAAGAGUGUGGAAACAUCACCUGAGGCAAGCAUGGAUCCAUCUCCUGACAUGAGCAUGGACUCGUCUCCUGGGAUGAGUGUAGAUCCAUCCCCUGAGGUGAGCACGGACUCAUCCCCUGAGGUGAACGUGGACCCAUCCCUUGAAGUGAUCACGGACUCGUCUCCUGAGGUGAGCUUGGAAGUGCUCCCCGAGGAGAGCGAAGAGAGCCUGGAAGCAUACCCUGAGGACAGUCUAGAACUGCUCCCCGAAUUGACCCCCGAUGAGAGCCUGGACGUCCCUCCCAAGGAGCACCUGGAUGUCCUUCNGAAGGAGAGUGUGGAGGCGCCCCCUGAGGUGACAAUGGUGAAAGCAAAAGACUGUCCUCCGCAGAAAUCAGAAAUGGACAAACAGGCCUCAAACUCUAUUACCAAGAAGCGCCUACCACCGUCGCAGAUCCCAUGUUAUAAAUGGUCAUCUUCUCCGACAAGCAGGUGGCGUCCGCCAUCCCCCAUCAAUGCUAAGAGGCAAAUCCAAAAGAAUCGCCCCCCAUCACCUUCGCCCGUCACUUCAAAACCAUCAACACAGGCUCCUUUUUCUUAUAAAGUAAUUCCUGUUCCGCGUACCCUAUUUGCACAAAAUGCAUCAGGUACUAUUGGAAUGAAAAGUGAAGCCAUUUCUAACACCACUAACAACUCUGAGGCUGCGAGCCAAAAUGGUACGAUCUGUGAAGAGUCUGGUAAUAAAAGCACACCAGGGCCUAUGAGUGCCAAGGAGGCAACAAAAAUUUUGGCAGAAAAACGACGCCUUGCUCGCGAACAAAAAGAAAAAGAUGAAGAAAGACUACAAAAAGAGAUGGAACAAAGGAAAAUGAAAGGCAUAGCAAAGAGAGCAGAUGAAGGCCCAGAAGAAGAGUUCUCAAAUUUUGAAGAUGUGCAGCAACCAAAGGAGAUAAAAAAGAAGGAAGAAAGUCAGGAUCCAGAGGACCAGAAAGUACAACUCCAGAAAGGCGACGCCAAAAUAAAAGCUCAGGAGGAGGCUGACAAACGCAAGAAGGAGCACGAGAGAAUUAUGUUACAGAAUUUGCAGGAGAGAUUAGAAAGAAAAAAGAGAAUUGAGGAAAUUAUGAAGCGGACGAGAAAGCCAGAUUCGAACACCUCAAAGGCUGCAGAUACAGCCAGCAUCCAGCGUGAUGCAUAUGAGGAGGACGAGGCGGACGAUGAGGACGAGCCAGAAAGUGAUGACGAUUCCUUUGAUGACAUGCGUCCACCUGCUUUUAUAAAUGGCAUGGAUCCAUCCACAACACCGAAAGCACAUUUUAAAAAUGUGAAGAACACUCGCAAGCUGGAGUUUUUAGAUGCCACUUCUAGCCACAUCUGUAAAGAGACAAAAACAGUUUUUAAUUGUGACAUGAAAACCUUUAGACAUAAAAGUGUGAAAGAUCCUUUGAGUCAGAUAAAGAGUACAAGAUCCUCCACCAAAAGAACCACCAGCCGAGCAGCAAAAACUGGAAAGGCCAAAACCAGCAACACCAUGGGACCUUCCAAGAGUUCACGUUCAGAGGCACAGGAGUGGAUCUGUGACAAGGUUACUGACAUCACCAGCGAGACAGAACCACCUAUGUCAAGUAUCCCUCCUGACAGCCACAAACGCCACCUGAAAGGUUCUGUGACAUCCUGCCUAAGUGCUCAGCUGGCUGUGGACAACAAAAAAAGAAACAAAUCUGUUUCUACUGAGUCGGAUAUGUAAACCUUAUCCUGUCUGCAAGAGAAUCUAUCCUCCCCUCUGGAUUUUGACUUCCAGGCCCAUCUCUCAAAAUGUCUCCACCUCCUUCUUGAAACUGGCAAAGAAAAUGACCUUCAAAAACAAGUACAAAAGGAAAACAUCAAAAUGUCAUCUUAACGUAUCUGAGGAGAUGCUUAUGUCAUCUUGACUGUUGCCCACAAGCAAGGGUCCUGAGUGAAGAGUCGUUGUGUUUUCUUAUAAAAAUAUCCAUUGUCUCUCAUUCUUGUGUUUUGAGACUUGUCUCUGACAUGCUUGAGUGUAUAUUAAGGGUGUCUUUAUAAAAUGCUAACUCUUGAGUUUCUGAUGGAAUCUCUACCAAAGGAAUAAUUUUUAUAAGUACAUAUUUGAAAUUUCCAUAUAACAAUUACAUUAAUUUAGCAAUAAAAAGCUUGAUCUUGAGAACAUAGUGGGUUAUGCAAAGACUCAAGACUGCUCACAAGAGUUUUGUUGGAUUGUUUUUAAUAUACAAAUACAAGAAGGUUGCAAAAUAUAAAUGAGAUCGGGCGCGUUCAGGGUGGCAUGGCCGUAGACAAGGUUGCAAAAUAUAGUAAGUCACAUUUUACCAUUAUGUAUGUAUAUUUUUAACUUUGCCAUAGUCUGCCAGCCUAGUGCAUAGGCACUGAUACCCCGAAUGCUGGAAGUCCUAAAAGGGAUGAUCUUGGGACAGUUAGCAUUUCUCCUGCUCUUGUCAGUGUUUCCUUCGGAAGUACGUGUUGAGGUUUAUCUACAGAAACAGGAGUAGUUUUGUUGUGUACAUAAGGCAGUAUUUGACUGUUGUUGAUGGGGUCUGCCUAAUUCCUCUUAGGUGUUUACUGUGUAUAAUCUUUUUCUGCUUGUGCUCUCCAGGCCUGCCCUUCACUAUAAACUCAGGCUUGAGAUGUGGAACCAAAAUACGCUUGCCUUUCUCUAGGCGCUGGCUGCAAGCGAGUACAGGAGGAGGAGUAUUCUUCAGUCCUGGUGAUAGGUACACGGAUACACACAGCGUACGCGUGCACACGUACACGGACACACGUACUCACAGGAUGUACAUUCCUGGAAAUCCAUGGAAUCCUGCUUCAGCAAUUGACUAAAACUUGAAUGCAAAUUAGUUGUCCUAAUGCUAAUGAGUUUUCUGGUGCAUCACAAAAUUGUGUUCCUUUCUAGCCACCAGUCUUGAAUUAGUAAAAGGAAGUAAUUAUUCUUUUUGAUUCCCUAAUUCUUUGCAAUUCAGAGUGCUGUACCUUUGUUAGCGAUUAGAGCUUGGUACCUUAGAUUCAAAAACUUUUUAUAUAAUAGGUCUUCUACAUAAAAGGCAGAGACAAUCAUGCCGACAGAUGAAUUUCUGAUACCGUUCUGCACAAGCGUCACAUGCUGAAACACUGUUACACUUUCAUAUGUGUGCUCUACGAAAUAAACUUUGCAAAUGAAG